AUGAAAUUUUCUGUUAAGUCUUUACGUCAUUCUUUAGCUGACAUUUUUACUCAUGUCGUAACCAGACAAAACUGCUUGAAGUCGAAUGGAAAUGUUUAUUGUCAUCAAUCAUUCAAGCAAAUCUACCGGAAUGAACUUAAUAUAUCCAUGUUUUGUAAUGACGAUAAUGUGCUAAAAGUUACAAAAACGAUUUGUAAGGUGAACAUGAACACAUCACUUGAAGUUGAACUUUAA